AUGCUAAGCUUGCUCAUUGUGCUUUGUUUAAUAGGCCAGAGUUCCGCCGCUGCAAUCAUACCCAGAUUGGCCGGCUGUAAAAUUACGAUUCGUCAGCAUUUGAGUAAUCCACAGCCAGUUUUGGUACUUCAGAAUAAUGCAAUUAGUCACAUAGAUGCAAUAGUUUUACCUGAGGAUGUUAAUGGGACCAUAACCUUUAGAAGUGGUGACCAAAUAGAUGUUGCAUGUCCUGGAGGAGAAGUUAAAUUAUAUGGAACAACUAUUAAUGAAGAUACUGUACCAAUAUCGUGUUUUUUUGGAACAAUAUUUAAGGUUAAUGAAAAAUUCGUUCCAUUUCAAAACAUUACGUGUUCUGUUACUCCAAAAAGUACAGCUCGUCUUAGUGGAAAAGAAUGUUCGGUAAACUACAAAGAGAUUGAAAUAGGAUUUCAGAUUAAAGAGAGAUUUAUUAACCACAUCUGGACCUGUUACGAUGAGAAGCUACAACAUUCGCUUUAUGCAGUGACAUAUUUAGUUCAUAACAUUGCGGGAAAGCAAACAAGAGUUCCCAGGCCACGAUUUAAGGAAGCAAAUUUUUAUUACACCGAUCAAAAGGUUGACCGUUUGUACUCGCGAAAGGUCCAAACGGAGACCAUUAAUAAUAUUUUGGGAUUGAAACACAAUGGUUCUUCAAUCAUUCAUCCUACGGGAAAUAUAUUCCUAUCCACAGGCCAUUACGCCCCAAAGGCCGAUUUUGUAUUCGGCUCACAACAAAGGCUAACCUUUUAUUAUGUCAAUGCCGCGCCACAAUGGCAAAACCUAAAUGGAGGAAAUUGGAACACAAUGGAGGAAAAUACUAGAAAAUUAGCGGCGCAAAGGAAAGUUGAUUUGAUCGUGUUCACCGGAGGUCACGGAGUUAUGACGCAUCCCGAUGUCAGCGGUGUCGAUCAACAGUUGUUUCUUUGGGUUGGGAAAAAUGGUGAACAUGGUAUACCCGUACCAGCUUUCUACUACAAGGUUAUAUACGAACCAAUAUCUGAGAAAGGGAUUGCUCUUGUUGGUCGUAAUAAUCCACACAAGGAAGUUGAUAAAAGCGACUAUAUUUGUCAAGAUGUCUGUGAUAGUGUAAAAUGGCUCACGUGGAAACAAAGUAAUGUUACGCUGGGCCUCGUUUAUUGCUGUGAAGUUGAUGACUUUAGAAGAUCUGUUACAGUGUUACCAAAAUUUACCGUGAAAUCUCUACUCGCUUGA